AUGUCAUUAACAGCAUUAGAAUAUAAAACUCAAGGUAAUCAAUAUUAUUCCAAUCAACAAUCGUCAUUAGCUAUUCAAUCGUAUACAGAAGCUAUUAAACUUAUUGAAAAGAAUUCCGAAGAUGAAAUUAAUCUUCCAUUACAUUUAUUAUAUUUAAAUCGUUCAGCUGCUUUUAUUCAAGAUAAAGAUUUUUAUAGUGGAUAUCAAGAUGCAAAAAAAUCAUUAAAAUUAAAAAAACAUGAAAAUUUCAAAGGAUUUUAUCGUGCAGCUAUUUGUGCAUAUCAUCUUGGAUUUAUUGAAAAAUCAAAAGAAUUUAUUCGUGAAGCAACAAAUGAUCAUCAACAAAAUAUUCUUGAUUAUCUUAAUUUAAAAUUAUUAUUGGAAAAAAAAGAUAAAUGUAUGAAAAGAUGGCGGAAACCAAUUGCAACAGCAAAGAAAGGUAUCAAACUUCUCGAACAAAUUAUUGAAAAAGGAACUUUAUUCUUUGAAAUUCCAUCUAUACUUUAUCAAAUUCGUUAUACAUUACGAUCUUAUUUUGAAAAUACGAAAGAUAAAAAAUUAAUGAAUAUGGAUCAUGGUGAUCUUGGUUUAAGACUACACGAAUUAGCUGUAGAAUUCAAUCACGUCUAUCCUAUUGAAAAAUUAAUUCAAACUGAUCCAAUAUUUGAAGAUCUUAUUUUAAAUGAAAUGCCUGAUGUUGGAUUAUUACGAAUAAAAGCAUACAAACAACGUCAUUUAGCACGUGAUAAAAAAGAUUAUGAUCUUGAAGAUAAAAGUGGCGAAGAUUUAACAGCUUACGAAUUUUCAUUUUUUGUAAAUAAUGUUUUGGCUUCAUUAGUUGUUAAUUCUUCGGAUGAAAAUAUUUCAUUACGUGCAUUAAAACAAAUUCAUCGAUUAACAGCAAUUAAUUUAUAUCGACGAGCAUUAGGUGAUGCUCUAUCAGAUGCAGUUAAUAAUUAUAUCUAUCGAAAUUAUCAAACUAUUCAUGUUGUUGAACAAUUUCUUGCAAAUUCUGGUAUUGAAAUAUUAUUUUAUGAUUAUCUUGAAUCAUCAUGCAGUAUAUCUGCAUCUCGAAUGAUUAAACAAAUUACAAUUGGACAUUGGAAAAAACAAUCAUUAACAACAAUUCAAUUUAUUCUUAAACAAAUAAGCAAAAAAAUUCGACUAGAAGGUAUCGAAUUAAUUGAAGCACGACCAUUAUCAACAUUUGAAUUGGAAUUUAAAAAAAUCAUGUCAACUGUUGAUUCAUCUAAUGGAAAUUAUGAUCAGAAAAAAGAUUUUGAUUUAAUUAUUAAUGUUUUAACUAAAAUCUAUUUUAUAUUUGGUCAACAACCAUUUAUUGAUCGAUCAUUAUAUGAUCCAUUGUUUUUAUAUAUUAAUCAAAUAUGGUUUAAACAAAUAAAUAAUGAUCAAAAUAAACCUGAUAUUCCAUAUUUAUUAACUAGUUGGACUUCAAUUCUUACACAAUGGUUGAAACUUACCUAUCGAAAUCGUCAACAAUAUAUUGAAAAAAUCAAUCCUGAACUUUUAUAUAAUGACGAUAGUGAUGAUGAUGAAACUAGAUUUUUUUAUAUUUAA